CGGAAAGGGCUGUAAUAUUUCGCGCCAAAUUGAAACAACUGAUCAGUUAGUGUGAACGGCGGGACAGACGAGCUGAGCCAGCCAGAAACCGUCGGACACUACGUUUAGUUUUUCAGUCGUCUUUGUUCCCCGUCUGUCAAGUGUAGGUAACAUGGAGGAGGCCAACAAGCUAAUCGGCACGGGCAAGAAGCAUCUGGUGAUGGGGAAGGUGGUGGAGGCGGUGAGCGCCCUGCAGGAAGCCUGCGGCAUGCUAGCUAAAAAGUAUGGAGACACAGCAGAUGAGUGUGGAGAGGCUUUCUUCUGGUGUGGUAAAGCGCUGCUGGAUUUGGCACGGAUGGAAAACUCAGUUCUGGGUAAUGCUCUGGAAGGAGUGCCAGAGGAGGAGGAGGAGGAGGAGAAACCCAAAGACUCCAACAUUGAGACCACAGAAAACAUUGAUGAGAAGACCAGAGACGAGCUGAGGGUUCAGGUGUAUGACGCCAUGGCGGAGAAGAAGCCUGAAGACGCUGAGAAAGCUGAAGGGAAGCAGAACGAAGAUACAAAGAAUGGCGAUGCAGAAAAGGCUGAGGCUGGUGAUGAACAACAGAAAGAAGCGAAGGAUGAGGGAGAUGAGGAAAAGAAAGCUGCAAAGGAAGAGGGAGAUGAAGAAGAGAAAGCUGCAAAGGAAGAGGGAGAUGAAGAAGAGAAGAGUGAGGUUAACGAAAGCAAACCUGCUGAAAAUGAGGACAAGAAAGAAAAAGUGGAGGUUGAGAAGGAAGGAAAAGAAGAGGAAUCUGCAGACAAGCCAGAGGAAGCAGAAGAUGGUGAGGAGGAAGAGGAAGGAGAGGGAGAGGGAGAGGAAGAAGACGGUGAUGCAGAAAUGGAGGGCGACACAGAGGAGCAAGGCGAAGGAAAUGCAGCUGAGAAGGACAGUGACGAUGAGGAGGUGGGGAACCUGCAGCUGGCCUGGGAGAUGCUGGAAGUCGCCAAAGUCAUCUACAAGAGGAAAGAGAGUAAGGAUGACCAGCUGAUGGCUGCUCAGGCCCACCUGAAACUGGGUGAAGUUUCUGCUGAAUCAGGAAAUUACACACAGGCAUUGGAGGAUUUCCAGGAGUGUCUGAAGCUGCAGGUGAAGCACCUAGACUCAGACAGCCGCCUCCUCGCUGAGACUCACUACCAGCUCGGCCUGACCUACAGCCUGAACCUUGAGUACAGACAGGCCAUCGAGGAGCUCAACAGCUCCAUCUCUGUCAUAAAGAGCAGGCUGGACAAACUGCAGGAGCUACUAGACAAGGCCGAGGGCCCCGAGGCUCUGCCGAAUGAGAGGAAGGAGAUGGAGGAGCUGAAGGCUCUGCUCCCAGAGAUCCAGGAGAAGGUGGAGGACGCCACAGAGGGACAGAAAACGGCAAGCACUGCUGCUGAGGCUGUGAAGGGUGUACUGGAUGGAGGCUCCACUUCCUCUGCGUUCCCUGGGUCCUCCGUACAGAAUGGUGACACUUCCUCCAGUUCAAAAACUAACGGCACAUCGACCAAUGGAGUCAGUUCUACCAACGGACACGCCUCCACAGCUCCGGUCUCUGACAUCUCCCACCUGGUCAGAAAGAAGAGGAAACCAGAGGAGAGUCCAGUGAAGGAAGGUGUGGUUAAGAAGGUGAAGCAGGAUGAGGGUCACACUAACGGGUCCCAGGAGCCUCAGACUGACGCUGAUCACAAAGCCAACGGAGACACUAAUGGACACACGAACAGUAUGGAAGUCGAGAGUAAGUGAAGUCGGAUUCCCUCCACAUUGUCUCCUGAGAAGAGAUUCACCACCAUGCCCAACUCUGAUGAUUGCUACACUUGUUUGCCAUUGUAAAUACGUGUAUCUUUUUCUACACCUGUUGUUUGUUUGUUCUCAUAAUGUAACCUAUAAAGUUAAAUAAAGAAUGUAAUUUGAUAAAA